CGCUAGCUAGAUGUGCUGCAAGCAAGAUCACAGUGACUUUUGUGAUGGCUUCACCCAACCCAAACCAGCCCGCGGGCCCAUACACAGUUGGCGAACACAUCAUCCCACCCCCACGACCAGCAUCACCAGGAACAUCAGAAUUUCGGCUGAAUCAUUUGAUGGUCAGAAUUAAAGACCCAAAAAAGGCGUUACGUUUCUACUGCGACUGCAUGGGCUUGCAUGUAGUUUUCAUCUUCAACGCCGGACCCUGGACUAUCUACUACCUAGGUCCCAGGGACGUCGGAAUCGCAACAAUCGGGACAUCAAAAGGCUUACUCGAACUCUACCACGUCCCCGCAGACUCAGACACGCCAUAUACUUCCGGCAAUGACUACUCCCAGCCAGGCGUUGGCUUCGGCCACAUCGGCUUCACGGUCCCAGACGUAGCCGUCGCGCUGGAGCGAGUGAAGAGCUUCGGAUAUGAGGUCAUUAAGCCGUUGGACGAAGCGAAGGAAGAGCAAAUGGGCAUGCCGGAUAGUGUUGUGCAAGGGAAAUCUGGGGCAGUGGAUGAGGGGUACAAACGUGUUUUUAGGCAAUUGGCGUUUGUUAAGGACCCUGAUGGGUAUUGGGUGGAGCUGGUUCCGCAGGUCGUGAAAUGAGAGCAGCGGGUGCGAAGGUAAUCGAUGGAACUUGGAACUGAGCAGGUGACGUGCGCAGACCAUACGUGUUAUUCAGCAAUAUUCAACCGAUCUACGAAA